GCUUUAGAUUUGAUAUGAUUAGUAUCUAUAAAAAUAAAGAUAUUUAUUAGCUUAAGCAUUAUUUAAUUAAUAGCAAUAUAAAGAAGCUAUUAUUUGCUGUGAUAAAUCAAUUUAAUUAAACUAAAACAACGAUUUAGCUUUUGCAAACAAAGGUAAACUAUUAUUAUUAAUGACUUCGUCAUAGCAUCAGCAUUAUUUAGUUUAUAAAAAUAUAAGGAAGCACUUGAAUAUUCAGACAAAGCCAUUAAGAUAAAUCCAUAAAAUGAUAUUGCAUUUGGAACUAAAGGUAUUAAAAUUAUAUCAAUUUAGGAUUGACUUUAACAAAACUAUAAAGAUAUUAAGAAGCUCUUUAGUGUUUUGAUUAGGAAAUAAAAUUAUAACCAAAAUUUUAAACAUUUACUGAUAAAGGUAUUUUAUUAUAAAGACUAUUUAAUAGCAAAUACUUUACUUCAAUUAUAAAGAUUUUAAGAAGCAAUUGAAUGUUGUGAUAAAGCUAUUUAAUUAGCUCCAAAUUGUGAUUAGGCAUUUUUCUAUAAAGGUAAUAUUAUUUUUAUGUAAAUUUUAGCUAUUGCUUUAUCAAGCCAAAAAAAAUACUAAGAUGCCAUAAAAUGCUAUGAUGAGGCAUAUUAAAGAGGUAAGCAUCCGAUGAUUUUGCUCAAUAAAGGUGUAUGCUUUUCAAUUUACAAUAGCUUUUGUACUAGUUGAUAUGAACAAAAGAGAAGAAGCAAAAAUAAUUUUCAAGUAGAUUUUAGAUACAAAUUUCCAAGAUAAGGAGUAUAUUAGAGGAUUAAUAAAAACAUUAUGAAU